AUGAACUCAUACGCUGCAAGACUUGCCUCAUUCACGUCAUGGCCACACGUAUAUCCAAGUGCCUCUGACGUAGCCCGUGCUGGCUUUCAUCGAGAAUUCGACCCUACUUUUCCAUCCCCGGAUCUAACGGUGUGCUCACUAUGCGGUCUUGAUCCUUGUGACUGGGAUAGUGAUAAUCCAUUCGAUUUCCACGCUACUCGAUCACCGGAGUGUCCAUUCGUCCGUGCAACACAGCAGAAGAAGAAGCACCGGAAUCAGAAGACUCGCCAGCAAUAUACGAGAAGGUCUCUACAGCCAGUCACUCAGUCAGCUACUCAGCAAGCCACUCAGUCAUCCACUCAGUCAGCCACUCAGCAAGCCACUCAGUCUGAUACUCUACAAGAGGAGGAACUACAACAGGCAAAUGCGGAGAAUACUGCGGAGAACACGGCGGAGAACACGGCGGAGAAACCAAGCGGCAACAAGGCCACCAUCGUCAAGAACACGGCUUACCUCUCCACAAUCCCCCGUCAAAUCGCCACUCAGCAAGCGGAGAAUGACACUACAAUUUGGCCUGCUAUCUCUGCGUGCCUCGGCGAUAUCGUAUUGAUAUGGCAUAUCAUUGAGUUGACGAUACAAGAGAAGGAUCCACUGCGACGAUCACAGCCAAUUGGGCCACUGCAGGAGGAAGAUCGGACGAUACAUAUUUGGACGAAUUGA